AAAGCCUCAUUCACGGCCUGCAAGCCUGAAUAUCUUCCAGGCAUCCGUUCCUUUGACCACUCGAAGCUUCUUGCAGAGGCGCAGUUGGAACUCACGAAAGAAAGGCCAGCAGGCAGCUCAGCCUUCGCCUUCGCGUCCGCCACCUACCUACUAGUAGCUUCUCCCUCAUCGAGAAUCACCUACGUUAGAGUCCACAUCGAUCGCCACAUCUAGCAACCGCGUGCUACGCAAACAUAUCAACUUGCUCACGAUGAGCUGAUCUAUCCUCCCCUCGCACGACGAACAUCCUAAGUCAUGGCGGCUUCCACGAAUCUUUCGGCGCUGCGAGCGCAGACGAUGCAGGGGGAAGACGAGGAGGCCGUGACAGUGAACACGCGAGCCUUGAUCGAUAAAGUGCUCGCUCGGUAUUCGGGAGAAUGGACAACAUUGCGUGAACUGAUCCAAAAUGCUGCCGAUGCUCAAGCGCGGAAAGUCAGGAUCCAGUUCGAGACACUCCCUUCUGCGACAGUGCCCCUACCGCAGAGUAAUGAUUCGUCUGAGCUGCUCAAGCACACUCUACUACAUCACACGGUCAAGACCUUAAUCGUGUCGAACGAUGGCGAGCACUUCAAGGAGACCGACUGGCAGCGCUUGAAGCGCAUCGCAGAAGGCAAUCCAGAUGAGACCAAGAUCGGUGCUUUUGGUGUAGGCUUCUACUCCGUAUUUGCCGAUUGUGAAUCUCCAUUCGUGACAUCCGGCAAGGAGACUAUGGCCUUUUAUUGGAAGAAAGAUAGCCUGUUCACACGACGAGGAAAGCUGCCGGACAGCGAAAUACAAGGUACUACCUUUCUGCUGGACUACCGGAGUCAGACUACGCCUGUGCCACAGCUACUUAGCUUAUGCCAGUUUCUAGCGACCAGUCUCACCUUUGUCGGGCUCGAGUCAAUCGAACUGCAUCUGGAUCAGUGGAACAUCCUUACACUUACCAAGAAGAUGGCCCCUGCAGCAGCUGUGAAGAUUCCAAGCGACGUCAAUCCGAAAACGAAAGACGGUCUGAUGAAAAUCAGCGACGUCGAGUACCAAAGUGCACAAAUAGAUGCUAGGUGGAUGAAUGUGGUUGGGUGGAAUCGUAAGACGACAUCUGCAAGCCUCUCGUCACAGCAGCAACAGCAGAAUGAAUCUGGCGGUUCCAGCUUAAGAAGCUUCUUCGGCAGGUUCACGAGUGCAGCUACAAACACAACUGUGCGCAAGGCACAACGAGAGGAGGAGGUCUUCCAGCAGACCAUUCUAGACGAUUUGGCAGGCUCUAGCUCUGCGACUGUAUUCCUGCGAGUGAGCACUGUCAACAUCUUGACUACUGUCAGCAGGCAAUUGUCACAGGAACUGGAGCGAGCUACCAAGAAGCCGCCACCAAAGAAGACCCGCAUUUCAAUCCUGACAUCUUCCUACGAUGAAUCUACAGCUUCAAUGAGCACCUCUGCGGGCAGCUCUUCCAAGAGAGCGACGGAUAUCUUUGCGUCUGUAUUGCCUUCGAAGAGUGGCAAGAUCUUCAUAGGCUUCCCGACAGCUCAGACGACUGGUCUUCUUGCGCACAUUUCCGCUCCAAGUGUCAUCCCAACAGUCGAGCGUGAAAGUAUAGACUUGAAUGCACGAUAUGUCCGAGACUGGAACAUCGAAAUGCUGCGCGUAGCUGGUAUUGCCUGCCGCAUAGCUUACACGGGCGACAUGGCCGAGCUCAAGGCAAGAAUCGAUCGCACCAGAACUGCGGAUGGACGCAAGAAGGUCACUAUGGAAGACAUCACAUCAGCCAUGCCAGCUGCUGCACAUGUGUAUCGACAGUACAAUUAUGCAGAGUCGACGCCAUCCUCCAAAGUCGGUCAGUACAUUGAAGAAGCCUUCUGGACCUGCAACACACAAGCCAGCAUAGAUGUUUUGUCGACAAGAGGAGUUCUGCCAAGCCAACAAGUACGUAUUGCUACUGAGGAACUCAGCUUUGUGGACGGCAUCCCUGUGGUGCCCGACGAAUUAAUGGAGAAAGGUCACGAAUUCAUCAGCAAGCUUCGGGACUAUGGCCUGCUUUCCGAUAUCACAACAAGUGACAUCAAGAAGGAGCUGGAGGCACAGGCACUUACCGAGAAGCAAGUCCAGGAGCUCGUGAAAUGGUCAUGUACAAAGGUAUCCCGACAAGAGAUGGACGCUGGUGCCGUUCAGCUUCUAUUUGACGGCACAGUCGCCAGCAUCGAUGAGCAAUUCGUCGGCACGUCCUCAAGUCCAGUGCUGCAACUUGGUCAAAUCAGCAAUUUUGUCAACGCCGCAAAGAUACCAUCUGAUAUGCCUACGCCGCCACAGACGAUUCCAUUCAGACUUACCAAAGGUCUGUCGCCUUCACAGCUCGAGUCGAUCGGCUGGGAUGAACUGCAGAUCGUUCCAUGGGUGCGAUGGAUCAUUGAGAGCGACGGCCAAGGCUUCGGACAGGGGAUUAGCUUGACGAAUUCGCCUACUGUCGCGUCGCAAGUGCUCCCGGUGGUCUCGAAAUCUUGGGAAGCGCUAUCGCAGUCAUCUAAACAAUCUAUACAAGAGCUUUUCAUCCCCCGCACCGUCAUCCCAACGAAGCUUGGCAUGCGAAGGCCACCGCAGGCAUACUUUGGAAACGUCAAGCUAUUUGACGACUUGCCGACCAUCACUGGCCUUCAAGGAGUCAAGGAGAAAUUCUUGGGCUCGCUAGGUGUGCGAAAGACCGUUGAGCUGAAUGUCGUCUUUGACAGGCUCAUGGCCAAGUCCGCUCUUGGUUCCACUACCGAGGAAGGCAAAUGGAGCCAUGUCGACCUUAUCAAAUAUCUGCUCAGCGUCAAGGACGAUAUACCACCUGAGGAUAUCAAGCGUCUACAACAAACACCAAUCUGCCCUGCCGAGACACUGUCAGCCGACCAAGUCGACAAAGGCAAGUUGUACCGCGUUUCAGAUCUGCUUGAGCCCAAUGAGGCCAUCAGAAAGCUUGGACUUCCUAUUCUGCAGUGGCCAGGCCAGUAUCGUGCCAAUGGCCCUGAAGGCAGAUUCUUGCGAUUGCUGGGGUUGAAGCCGUUCCCUUCGGUCCCAGACCUUGUCGGCAUCCUGGCACAGGCUCCAGCGGGGGGCGCGCUUCAGGAGAGCACUAUCAACUACUGGAUUGUUCACGAGUACCAGCAUGGGUACAACAAGUAUCCAGUAGCAGAGAUAGACGUCGCAUUCCUGCCCGUCCAGCCUUUUGCAGGCGAGGGAUCCAAUCUUGUUGCCAAGCCCAAGCAGUGUUAUGCCAAUCCGAAAUGUGCUAUCCUACGAUUUCGCACUUUGAAAGACUACCUGCAAGCACAUCACACAACGUUUGGAGUCGCUCUGGAUCCGCCAAUGGAAGCAUGCGUCGAACGCUUGAUCAAAGGACCACCAACGAACUUUGAAUCAGCCCAAACACUGUUUGGCUACUUCGCCAACCGACUUGGUGAGAUAGGACCCAAUGGACACUUGGCUGAACGACUAGGCAACGCACCAAUAGUGCCGGUCGUUGAUCGGAAGCUUGGAGAGAAAGCCGGUCAAGCUCGCUUUGUACCGCCACGCGCAGUAUUCCUCGGCCAGAGUGAUACGUAUGGCGACAUUUUCGACUUUGUCAACUUUGGCCCUGAAGCCAACUCGUUCCUCCUGCGUAUCGGCGCGAAGCAUGAGCCUAGCGCAUCUGAGCUUGCAGCUAUGCUUGUCCAGCAGCCGGCUCGCCUGCUGGAGACUCUGGGCGCUGAAAAAUACCUCAUGCUGCUGCGAAAGAUUGCGGAGAGUGCUGCCAAUCUGAAGAAAGAUAAGACACUUUGGAGCCGGCUCAAGAAUUCUCCUUGCUUGCUUGCUGUGAAGCGCGUUCGAGCUGGUGAGAAGUAUGUUGACGAGAAGCGAGAGCACGAUGAUGAAGAGGUGACGAUUGAUGAGUACUCCCUUGCCAGAGCAUCAGACAUGAUUGUCAUUGACGACAUCGUUCUUUAUCGACUUUUCCAAGCCCACCUGCUUGCAGCGCCCGAGGAAGAAGGUCUCGAAAGCUUGUAUCAAUCACUUGAAACGCCACGGGUGAGCCAGUUGGUCGAUAAUGAUCAGCGAAUGGGGUCGCUUCUACGUGACCAGUCCGCUGCUGGCACUUUGAAGAAAUUGCUCGUAGAGCGCUGCCGGCUGUUCCUUGACGAUCAUCGCGCAGACGACAUUAGGCAUGAUGCCACGUGGUUGGAGAAGAACGUUUCCAUUCAGGUUGUUGAGUUCCUCCAGAUUACGAGAAGACUGAAAGGGUACCGUUUGCACUACACAGAAAAGAAGACCGCUCUACUGCACAGAGAAAGUAAGCGCGAUGCCAUCCUCUAUGUGACUGCUCGAUACGAUCUUUACGAGGUCAGCCGAGCCAUAAUGGGCUUGCUUUUGAAGAGGUCCAAGCAGCAGGACUUCCUAGCACUCGAAAUGAUACUGGAGAGCGACCUUCGUAGACUGAAGACGAAAGGAUACAACGUCGACCGGAUCUUGCGCCAAAAGGCAGCGGAGUCACGCAUCGCAGAGUCAGAGAGACAGAAGCGCGUGGAAGAACAGAGGAGGCUUGCAGAAGCCGAAGCAGCCUCGAUGGCACAACAAGCUCCCGCUGCAAGGGCCACCACAGCACCGCCGUUAGAUCCCACUCCGGCCUCUCCAGAAAGGGCGCUGUCGAUGCCAGGUGCCUUCGAUUCGCCGGAACAGAGACCCAGCUCAUCAGGUCGCGGCAAGAAGUCGACUGGCUUGUUUGACAGCAUCCGAAAUCAGCUCGGCUUGACUACUAGCUCACAAGCAAGCAAUCAAAUGCAGCAUCUCCUGGCUGGCGGUCGGCCCUCGAUCGAUGCGCCCCCACCAUACCAGGCUAACGAUGCAGUUGGCGGCCGCAGCAGCAUCACUCCUGGCACUGAACGCGUGACGUCCUCACGCGACACACAGGCCAAUCUCGACUCAGCCAUCAAGGCUUGCCGCGAGUACAAUUCUUCGUCGGUUUUUAGCCUGCCAGAAACCAAGGAGAUCAAGGAGACGCCUUCAUACUGCGACAGCAAGCCUGGCCACGAUCUGGAAUACAUUGCAGAGCUCAGCAAUGGUGUCAAGCUAUACCUGUCGCGCAAUCACCCAGACCCGAAUGCGUUCUUGCAGAAGUGUCGCGAGGCACUCGCCAUGUUUGUCUUCACGCUUUCCGAGGUGGCAAACAUUUUCGACUUGCCGCCACAGACGGUGAAUGUCUUUCACGAUGAGACCGGUGCCAGCAUCGCGUUCAACAGCAGCGGAUCGAUAUUCUGCAACUUGCGUUACUUCAUGCAGUUGCACAUGGGGGGCAUGACUACUGCAGAGGGCAAGAUCGAUGCUCUUGCGUACUGGUGGAUCACACUUUGCCACGAACUGGCACACAAUCUCGCCCAGGCUCACGACCAACAGCACAGCUAUUAUACCGAGAGCUUUGCGACGCACUAUUUCAAGCGCAUGCUGUGGCUUUGCGGGAAAGUCAUGACACAAGGUUAG